AUUUUUUAGCUAAUCAUCUAAACCUUACUAAUUUUAUUUAUAUUUAUUAAUAGGUUGAAUUUCCUGAAGGGUUUUCUUUAAUCAUGGACAUGGAUGAUUUUCUUGGAUGGACAUCAUCAUCUGAUGACAUCAGAAAGCAUGAAGAAGCCUACAACAAAGAACUGAUGAGCGGGCCAGUCAGCAGUAGCACUCAGUUCAACUAUGCCUGCUUUCUCAUCCAGAGCAAAUACCCUGGCGAUGUUCGGCGCGGCAUCAGUCUCCUGGAGGAGCUCUACCAGAACCCUGACGAGAGCGGCAAGAGGGACUACGUCUACUUCCUGGCUGUAGGUAACGCCAGACUCAAGGACUACAACCAGGCGCUGCAGUACAUCAAUGGUCUGCUGGCUGUAGAGCGUAGCAAUAAACAGGUGCAAGAGCUCAAGGUUAUAAUUGAAAAAAGAAUGAGGGGUGAAGCAGUGAAGGGAGCUGCAGUCGCAGGAGGAGUCCUGGUGGGCCUGGGCGCCAUUGUGGGCCUCGGUAUUGCCAGCCAGUUGCCCUAG